CACUUGCUGGUAGUGAUUGCCUGAGAAACAAUGCAUGCAGCACAAUGGAAUCGCUUUCUGUUUAUCAUGGGGCCAUCAAUCGAGAAAUGUGUGAGAUGCGUCUGUGUGAAGCAGGCAAAGAUGGGAGCUAUUUAAUUCGAGACAGUGAGAGCGUUCCUGGAGCCUACUGCCUCUGUGUCCUGUGUAAAGGUUUUGUCUACACGUACCGGCUCCAGAAAGACACAGCGGGCUCCUGGGCGGCUGAGACUGCACCGGGUCAGACUAAACGCUUGUUCCGAAAAGUCAAGAAUUUGAUAAGUGCCUUUGAGAAACCAGACCAGGGCAUCGCUGUUCCCCUCCUCUAUCCUGUAACUGUCCAGAAGUUCUGAAUAUUCCUCAUCACCUUCCUUAAACCAUCUACAAGCAUCUUUAUGCUGUUUCAUAAUAACAUGGAUUUGUACAUAUAAAAGGAUUUGUAUAAAAGAAAAAGAAAAAUCUUAAUUUGUAAAGAAUGUUUUACUGUGGAAAAUUGUGAAACCUUCAUCUCAAAUGUAUUUAAUACUGUGAUCAAUGGUCAACAAAUAUCUGGGUUUUUUUUAAUCCUAUACUUAAUCCGUUACUUCUUUCCCAAAUAUGCGUGUUUUUU